GAGAAAAAACCAGACUCUCAGUCUGAUACCUUCAAACUCUCGUCUCGUCCACCAUGGCCGCUCUUACUUUCGGCAUCGCUUUUACUAUCCCAGUCGUCCGCACGUCUCCGAAAUCUCACCAGCUCCGAAGGGCAAGAAUUUCCUGCAUCGGAUGGGAUCCGGAAGGCCUGUUCGGGCAACCGCAGACGGGCCACAUCGCUCGGAACGAGUUCAAGAGACGCCUCGAGAGGGACGCCGAGGCUCGGGAGGCUUUCGAACAACAUGUCCGCGAAGAAAAAGCGCGUCGCCAAGCUCUUCGUCAAUCUCGUAUUCCUCCUGAUACUCCGGCGGAGCUUAUUGAGUACUUUCUGGACACCGAAGCUCAGGAGAUGGAGUUCGAGAUUGCGAGGUUGAGGCGAAGAUUGGAUCAGGAAUUUUUUUCACACCUACAAGUAGAGCUGGGUCAGCUUCGUUUUGCGGUUUCUAAAACUGAGGAUGUGGAGGAUAGAGUGAUCGAGCUGGAAGCAUUGCAGAAAGCCCUUCUGGAAGGGACAGAAGCGUAUGAUAAGAUGCAAACCGAACUCGUAAAAGCUAAGGAGAAUCUAGCAAAAAUUUUGACAUCAAAGGAUGUGAAAGCAAGUUUACUGGAGAUGGUCGAGAAUAAUGAACUUAAUAGAUCCUUAUUGACCCUUCUUGAUGAAAACAUAGCAAAUGCACAUAGGGGCAACCAGAAAAAAGCAGCUGAAUUCAUGGAAAAGGUUCGAGGAGCUAUGCUGAAGUACAUUACAGUUUAGUUCUCAGGCUGACCAGUGCAUGAUGGGCAGCUGUUGAAGACUUCUGUGCUGGUAGACAAGAAGCUUGAGCUUUGGGAAAGUUCACAUAUAAUGUUCAAUAACAAAAAGUAACUUGUGUGAGCUACAUCAAGUCCACUUUGAAGAUGAAAACUUAUUUGGAAUUCAAAAUUUGAGUUAUGGGCAAGCAAUGGAGAAAAUUGGAGUGGGCCCAAUCAUGUCUCAGCUUGAGAGGUAGUAGAGGUAAAGUUAUGAUGUAUUGGAGGUAUUGGAGGGGCCAACCUAACCAUAGAUGGGUAAGUUGAUCAAUCCUAUAUACUUUUUCUUUUUUUUUUUUUUUUUUGCGCUCGGAAAAAUUAUCUCUUACCUUGAAACUAGAAAGGAAGUAAAACUAGUUUUGUUGCCGCAAAAGCUUUGUAAAUAUGAUUCUUGGAGAGUCGUGUCACUAUUCUAUUUAUUAUGUUGUUGCGUCCUUAUCUACUAGGAAGGUGCAUGUAAUUGGGGCCACAGGCUACUUUAUUUUUAGCAAGUUUGCGAAGUUUGUGUUAUUUUAUCAAGGAAGAGAUAUAUAUUGCCACGCGA